AUGGAUCGCAAAAGAAAGAAUGUCUACCAAGUCGGCUCCUCCCUUGACUCGUCACUAAAGAAGAAUACCGCUUUUAUUAAACGACUACGGACCGGAAUCUCGGCAUCUGCUCAGGCUGGCCUCUUGAGUGAGAUCAAAACACUUUCGUUGCAAAAGUACCUUUCAGAGAUCAUCUCAGCAACUGCAGAGGGGUUGAGCCGGUUGAAGACAGCAGGAGAUAUCGCAGCAGGACUUGAGGUCGUCAGUGCACUACACCAGCGAUUUGGGCCGAGCGACUUUACCAAGCAACUAGGAUGGCUGUUGGGCAGAGGCCUCACAUCACCCGACAAGGCACAGGUUAAACUAUGGUCACAAGAGGUUAGAGAGCGUGAGGAGAAGGAACGUCUUGCCAGACACCGAGUAUUAUUGAGGAUCGCGACUGAAUUUUGGUUAUGUGGCAUUCUUCGCAGUCUUGAAGAUGUGGAACGUCCGGACGACGCAAGCGCUAAGACGAAGGAGGCGUCUACGAACGAAGGUGGACGGAGCGCCGAAGUACAGAAAAUCAAGAAUGCUCUGAACGGGAUUAAGAACGAGAACAUGCGCGACCACGAUCCGUUCCCACUCGAAGUCCUCAAAGAUCUACUCGGGCAUGACCCAGAGUUGGUCAAUCUACCUUUAGCGGUGCUGUUUGUCAAGAACUUUGCCUGGGAUUGUCUGGGCAUGAAACCACCUUCUGACGAUGCUCGAAAGCAAGUUGAUGGUGAUGGUGAGAUCGUCACAGACGGACCUCUGGAAGAGACGAAUGGUGCUACGGAAACUGACGACUCCCCAUUGAUUCCCGAUCAUACUCGCCAGCGCUUCGUGAGUGUCGUUGACCGUUAUACCCAAUUCUUGAAGAAGCGUAUCGUCAAAGAUCAACAAUCUCUCAGCAACCAGAGCAGAAGAAAUGCCGAAGCUUAUGUUCGAAGCGGAGAGAUUUUCGAGGAUAGACAGACCAAUUUCGAGAAGCAACAAAAGGCACAAGAGAAGCUGAUCGCCGCUGCUCAAACCUUAUGCGACAUUCUAGGUCAAGAUAUGCCCGAUCUAGCCGACAAGGACGGUUCUGAUUUUGCUGCGACAAGUACAAUUGGGAUCGUCAAAGCUGGAGAGGCUCUCCGUGGAACAGGUGAUGGUGCUGGCAUUUGGGAAGACGAAGACGAGCGACGCUUCUACGAGAACCUUACCGACCUUCGUGGACGUGUUCCUGCAAUCCUGCUUGAGGAUAGCAAGAAGAUCAAACCUGAUGGCGACGAGGCUCUUCCGAAUCGAAAUGAGGGCACAGCAACCAAACCAGCUGAAGUUGACGGACAGUCAAUGCAGAUUGCGAACAGAACUGUCGGAGCUCAGGUCGACGGUUUAUUGCUUCGACUUCCGGAUUUGCAGAACAAAGAGCAGGUCGAUUCUGUGGCACAUGACUUCUGCUUCUUGAACUCGAAAGCCUCACGAAACCGCCUAGCCAAAAGCUUGCAAGACGUUCCUAAGGGUCGUACUGAUCUUCUGCCUCUCUAUGCAAGAUUGAUCGCCACUCUCGGACAGUACAUGCCAGAUCUUCUCAAUGCCAUGAUUUCUUCCUUGGACGACGACUUUCGGGCCCUUCAACGUCGUAAGACCAAGGAUUUUGUGGGGCAAGGACGACUCUUCUGCAUCCGAUACCUUACUGAGCUGAUCAAAUUUGGGGUCGUGCCCGAGCAUGUCAUCUUCCAUUGCUUCAAGGUCAGCUUAGAUGACUUCUCACGCAUGAACAUUGAAAUCAUCGCAACAUUCCUUGAAAAUUGUGGACGCUUCCUUCUGAGAAAUCCUGAGACAGCACCUCGCAUGACUUCGUUCAUUGAGACGUUGAAUCGCAAGAAAUCUGCGCAGCAUCUGGGAUCUCAAGAGCGCAUGCUUCUGGAGAACGCUCUGUACUAUGUCGACCCUCCGGAGCGAGCCGCGAUCGAGCAAAAAGAACGAACUCCUACCGAGCUUUUUAUUCGACAGCUCAUCUACUUUGACAUGACUAAGCGCAACUACAUGAAAAUCCUCAAGACUAUCCGCAAACUCCACUGGGAAGAAGACGAAGUUGUAGUGAUGCUCGAAAAGAUUUUCAGUAAGCCUGGAAAGGUCAAAUUCAGCAGCAUUCACCUUCUUGCAGUCCUUCUGGGGGCACUAUCAAGGCACCAUCAAGACUUUGCGAUUACGAUAAUUGACAAUGUCCUUGAAAACAUUCAGCUGGGUCUGGAAGGAAACGACUUCAAGUUCAACCAACGCCGAAUCGCAGAGGUCAAGUAUUUGGGAGAGUUGUACAACUACAAAAUGAUUGAUUCCGCGGUCAUCUUCGACACUCUUUAUCGAAUUGUGACUUUCGGUCAUGAGGGUGGUACCCCGACACCCGGACGCACGAGUCCAUUCGACAUGCCGGAUGAUUACUUCCGGAUCCGACUUGUUUGUACCAUCCUCGACACUUGCGGCAUGUGUUUCGAUCGAGGCAGUUCUCGCAAGAAGCUAGACUUUUUCCUGGUCUUCUUCCAAUACUACGUACUCACUAAAGAUCCUCUACCCAUGGAAAUUGAUUUCAUGAUCCAGGACAUCUUCACCACUGUCAGACCACAAUGGAAGCUUGUUACCGAUCUUGACGAGGCAGCAAAAGCGUUUGCCGAUGCGGUUAGGUCCAAAUAUCAGCAGUCAGCUGCUGAUCGACUUGCUGAAGAAGGCGAAGAUGUGGAAAGCGACGACGAAGAGGAUGCCCUGAAUGAGGAGGACAAUGCCGCCGAGGUCGAUAAGCAUAAUUCUUCUGGCGAAGAGGAAGUGGACAACGAAGAAGAAAGGUCAGAGCCCGAAGAACGUUCUGGGUCAUUCUCGGAAGAGGAACAGAUCGUGGUCGUUCGAGAACAGGAGAAGAUCGACCCAGAAGCAGAAGCGGAAUUUGACCGCGAGUUUGCAGCUAUAAUGGUAGAAAGUCUUGGUGAGCGUAAGAACGAGCGACAAAACCGAUUCGAUGUCCCACUACCAGUGCGGAAAGCUCAACGGAAUAUUGCAGAACCCAUCGAGGAGGGCAGCAAUUUGGGCAACGACGCACCUGUGCAUACGAUGGCCUUCCAGUUGAUGACUAAGAAAGGAAACCGACAACAGACUCGAACGAUUGACUUACCUUCCGAUUCUCAGUUUGCAGUGUCGAUGAAGUCACAACAGGCAGCAGAACGUGAAGAGCAACAGCGAAUCAAGAACUUGGUGCUAAACUACGAUCUUCAUGACGAUGACCAGCACGAUGGUACUGAAGCCCUUCCCCUGGCGCGAAUCGUUCAGCCGGCCCUUGAUCCCAAAAAGAAAUCUGCUAAGAAUACUGCCAAAUUAGGAUAUGACCACAUUCCCAGUACUUUCAGUAGAGCUGAGAGGAAUGGCCGUGCGACCCGAGCACGAAGACUCAAUUUGAGUGAUGUCGAUUGGUAUGCUCGUCACUUGCCGGACUCUGCCAGUGCUCGAACUGGACAAGAGAACGAUCCGAAUGCUGCAUUUGCUGUUGAUCGAAAGAAGCCAGGCUAA